AUGUCAAAUCUUAUAUAUUAUUCAACAUUAGGUUAUUAUGCUGUUCGUGUUGGUCGUGAACCAGGAAUUUAUAUGUCAUGGGAAAAAUAUAAACAACAAAUUCACGAAUAUCCUGGUGCUUUGUAUAAAAAAUUUAAUACAAAACAGCAGGCUGAAGAUUUUAUAAAACAAAUAGAUAAUAAAAACAAACUAUCAGUUUGGACUGAUG